GCUCGGUUGAGUUAGUUGUAUAUAUAUAAAUAUAAUAUCUAUCUUACAGUCUUUUUUUUUCGGUUAAGAAAUUAUUUCUUGUGUUGUAGGAAGAGGUAGAAAAAAAAUAAAAAUAUAUAUAAAAAAAGUGUUAUAGUGGAAAUCGCCAUAGGAUUACUUCAGAAUGUGAAAAAAGAAAUUAAAAUUGCACAACUAAACGUAAAAGCAGAAAAGAAAAGAAAAAAAAAAGAAUUUUUUCUCUUCUUCGAGCGGAGUGGAAACGGAAAUAAGUAUCUCAUCACAACAAAGCAACAACGAGCAGCCGAAACAAUAUCCAAAAUGAAAUGGACCAGUGCAAAUUCAAAGAGUGUCUUUUACACUUCAGAGGAUUCCAAUAGCAUUAUCUCGAGUACCAAGGAACAACAGCAACAGCCGAAACAGCAUAAGUUAAAAGGCAGCAGCUUGACAGAUAACAGCAGCAGUCUUUUCACCUAUAAAAUGGGCGGUGACGAUGAAACGACGGAAAGUCAAAAUUCCAAGUCAUCGAGUGCUAACAACAGCAUUCAAAGACAUAACAAUAACAAUAAUGGAACAGACUUGAAGCGCUAUUUGAAGAAUUUCAUGCUAUUUUCAAAUCUGGAAAUAGAAAGUGAAAAGAAAUGUCGUGACGAGCAGCUAUCAAAAAUCGUGAAGGCGUUAAUGCUAUUUGAAAAGAAAUUGCAGAAAGAACAGGAAAUCAUACAGCAGCAAUUAUGUGAGAAAGAUAAAGUUAUCAAUCGACAAAUGCACACAAUAUCAAAUAUGAAGGUGAAGCUUGGUGUUGAUGACGGUGACAAUGAUGAUGAUACAAAAGACAAUAAUCAGACGGCAGAGUUUUGUCCGAUGUGCAGGAAAAAGUAUUAUUUGAGGGCCACGAAAAGUAUGGCAACACAAACAACUAUUAAUGGAUUUCCAAACAACAUCAGUGAUGAUUAUUCAUCUAUACAAAGUAUAGAAUACAUGUCAUCAAGUGAGGAACAAGAAGUGCUACUUAGUCCAAAUCCAUUUUCAACGGCACGUCGCAGUAAAAAGUAUACGAGUAAAAAAUCAUACAAAGGAUAUUUACAGUCGCGCCCACACAGUGGUAACGUUGACAAUAAUAGAAAUAAGAGCAUAAAUGCAAAUGCAUUGUCACAAUCGAAAGACUUUCCCAGCAGCGAUAAAAAUAACAAUACGAUAGGUGCACGUGGUGCAAGCAUCGAGCAUAUAAAUGGCAUUAGUAAAAGUUCAAUAUGUGGGGGUGCUGGAAAAUUUUCACUAAUUAUGAAUGAUAUUCAUGGUAUUAAACAACAGAAACAGCAAGUCGAUGACACACAUUCGCUGAAAAUAAAUCGUAUGCAUGGCAUAAGUCUAACAACAUUAAAUGUUACGGCUAAUGAAGGUAAAGAGAAAGAAAUAUUGUCGAUAUCACCGCAUAAUAAUGAUAAUAGUGGCAAUGUAAGCUCAAUUGAUGCUGAUAGUCAUGACGAUGCAAUUAAAGUGACAGUCACUGAUGAUCAAAAAGAAUUUAAUGAUAAUAAUAAUAAUAAUAAUGGCAACCAUAAUCAUAAUCAUACAAUAAUGAGUGAUGGAAUUGCAACAAUAACGAGAAAAUAUUGUGAUGAGGGAUUGGAAGUGAAACAAAAGUUUGUAACACGCGAUGACUGGUACAUAAGUGAUAUAGAUGAGAAUGAUAUCAUAGGUACACCAAAGUCAUCAUACGGAAACAUAUCAACCGGUGUCUCAAACAGUGUCCUCGAGUGUGUUAAUCAAAUUCUAUUGCAACAAUCUAUGGAUGAAUAUAUUGAGUCACAAACCGAUAAUAAGCCAAAAGAGACGACAAAAGAAUCGCAAAAUAAUUCAGCAACGUCAACGAAUAGCGUUGCACCUACGCGGACACAUAAGCGUGUUCAUUUCUCGACAAAAAAUAGUAUGGUUCAAAUAAAGCCACUUCCGCGACAUCAACAUCACCAUUCAUUGCCGUCGGACAUAAAUUCUGAUGAUGAUGCAUUAAAUUCGACAUAUGAGAAUCAAAGUACAUAUAGCAAUGAAUAUGAAUUGAUUGGAUCGUCACGAACAUAUGUCGAUAUGGAUAAGAGUACAAUUGAUAACUUUAAGCCAACGCUUCCACCAAAACCGAGUAAUCUUAUGAAACUGCAACAAAUUGCAAAGCAACGUGCAUUCGUGCAGGAUCAAAUUUACACGAAAAAAUCCAAUUCCGACUAUGAGCUUAAUGAAUCGGAACCGGAUUAUGCGUCAAUAUCUGAAAUACAAGAUACAAUUAAAAGUGUCAAAGUAGUAACGGCUGAGAUACACAAUGACGCUGAUAAUUUAGUUGAUAAUGAAUAUUCAGAAAUAAAAGAAGUUCCUACACCCACGCCCGAAUGUGUCAAUGAGGAUGAUUCUUUUGCCGAUGUACCAAAAUUACCCAACGUUUAUUCAAUAAUUCCUGGCAUCGAAACGCCCACAUCACCAACAACGAAGAAAGAAUUGUCGACGAGUAACAAUAAUAAAUGCAUCGGACAUGACAAUUACAUAACAAAGUCACCGAUGAAGAAGAAAAUUCCUAUUGCAAACUUUAGUAGCGUUAAGAAAGAGAAGGAAAAGUCAAAGAUCUUGACGGAGAUGAAUAAUGCGACAAAUAAAAAGCAACAACAACCACCACCAGUGCCAAUGAAACAUCAGCAAACAAUAAAAAUUAUUGACGAGGAAAUCCAACAAGAAUUUGAUUGGUAUAAUCUAGAUGCUGAAUAUACAAAGACUGAUAUUGUCAUAACACCACAAAUUGAGAACAUCAAAGAGAUGUAUCAGUUUGACGAUGAGAAUGUUGUAAAUAGUGAUGAUGCUGUCGUUAAAGUUGAGUAUAAUCUGGAAGAUUUUGAGUACGAGACAGUUCCAUCAUCGGAAUGUAGCGUUAAUGGAAUUGAAAUUGAAACAAAUAAUAAUAAUUUUACAACUGUUAUUAAAAUUAAUGAAACAUCAUCAUCAUCAUCAUCCGCAUCAUCGACAUCGUCAACCUGUGAAAUUCAUAAAACAUCACCAGUGAAUAAAAAGUCAACGACAGCAAAUCUAAUGGAAUUGGCUGAAACACCAAAAGUUGAUUUUAAGAAAAAUAAUAAAAUCCGAUAUGAGAAAUUUCUCAAAGAGUCUGGCUUGAUAUCAAAACCCAUUUUGAUGUCUAAAAAGAAAUUUUAUGCUGAAGGUUCAUUUGUGUAAAGUGCCUCUUUAACUUCUUUUUCAUUCUUCUUUAGUUUUUCGCCUCUGACAGAUAAGAGGUUUAUGCUUAAUGAACGACUAACGAAGGCGUUUCGAGUUAAAAUGAGAAAUUUAUUCGAGAUUUUUAUAUUUUUUUCUUUUUCAUUUCGUUUGUUUGUUUUCCUUUUAGCGGAUUUUUAUUUUUGAGAUAUGAAAUGAAAAGUUAAAGGAGGUUCUCGGAAGGCAUAUGGGAUUUUUUUAAAUAGGGUUUUUGGUUGCAAAGUCUCUUGUGAGUUUAAGUUGCUCCAUGGCUCAGUUUACAAGUAUGAUUACAACUAUAACCUCUUCAAUCAAAGGUUCGAAACUUGGCAUCCAAAUAGUCACAAUGAAACAAGUUCUACCUGAAUUGGAUGCACUCCCGAGAUAAAUCUAUAAUCCAACUCAAACGCUUCCCCGUUUUAAACAUUAGACGUCAUUUAUGAAAAACCCCAAUAAACUGUUUAUUCAGGAUAUAAAAAUAAUUCACCUGACACGUUUCCUCUAAACACAUAAUCCACUCAAUCUCAAUCAGCUAGCAGCACAGCAAUAAUUUGACAUAAAUUACCAUUAAAUUAUUAUUUCAAAAAAUAGAAUUUAUUGAGAAAUUGUAAACAAUUUGACGACUGCUCAUAGCGAGAAGGUCGAAUUAGCGAUGCAAUUUCACAUUUAUGUUAAAUAAUUGACAGCAAAAUGAGGAGAAAUUUUCACUUCAAGCAUUUUAGGCCUAAAAUUUCCGUUAAAUAUUGCAAGUUGUGCUGCAUAAGAAAAAUAUGAGAUUGCAAAAUUUUUUAUAUGGUGUGAAAUUGAAAGAAGUUAUUUUAUUUUGAACAGUCAUGAAUUUCUGUGUCGCGUCCAUAAUAUCAUAAAGUUAAUUUAGAAAAAAAAAUCAUAAAAAUUUUAUUGACAAACAAAUCAUGAAAAAAUUAUUCAUAGAAAUCGUAAAAAUCUGUUCAUGAAUAUUCAAAUUAAAGAAUUCUCUUUUAAAGACCUUUCGGAUAAUUAAUUUGCUUCAUAAAAAUAAUGAUUAUGAAUGAUUAUUAAGAUCCUUCCUAAAUUUUUAUUAAUGAAGGAAUUGAAAGGAUGGAAAUUUUCUAGACCUUUUUUGGAUUCGGGGGUGUGGUAUGGGUUGUGGAUGUGUUUUACUCUUUCUAGAUUUGGUUUGAAGUUAGAAAUUCUUAAUCUACGUUCUAUGCAGAGGAGUCUAGAGAUUUUAGACAGUACUGGACUAGUUUUUCAAGUGAGAUCAAAUAAAUCAAGAUCGAUUCUUAGGAAAAGCUAAACAUCCAUGAGUUUAACAGGCAAGUCAGUGCUCUCACGAAUGACACAAGUAGGUUAGUCUAUCAGAAAUCCAGCACCAAGCCGGUGUGACUCUGGCAUGGUGCUCGAUUUUAAUUGAAGCCAACAUUGAGCCAUGCUAGAGUCAUGUCGGCUUAUCCUCGGAUUUAUAUUCAAUUAACCGACUUUUGCUUUUCGGAUCUAUUCAAAUUUUUGAUAUUUUAAUCCUUUCGAUAUCAUUUUCGGCUACUUCAGUUCAUUCCUAUCAAAAAAUUCUUCUAAAUUUUAACCUAAAAUUUAAAACGAAUUAAAAAUUCAACGAAAUAAAUUUUUUCAAUGGAAUUUUGGCACACAAAAAAUUCUAUAAAGAUGAAAAUUCCUCAAAAAACACUUAAUACCACCAUUAUUCAAACGAAACAUCACUUGAAGGCUCAACAUCAUUUAUAUUUUAGAAAGGGACUCAUUUAUUAUGAAAAUUUAUGGAUGAUGUUAAAUGCUAAUUAAUUUUUGUUAAAUAAAUACCCUUAAUGAUGAGCUAAUUGCAAUCUCUGUUUAUUUUCUACGAUAUUUUGCGCGUCAACGAAAGCCAGAGUGUGGGAAACAAUGCAAUAUAUAAAGAAUCAUAAAAAAAUUACUAUGCCAUUAAAAAUUCCCAUUAAACGAUCCCCCACGAAAAAAGAAUUGAGUUGAGCUUUACAGGCUCUCCAUGCGAUGAUAUAUAAAUAUUUUUCCCUGAUGCCCCCUUACAUAAUAAUACUAUUACAAUAAUGCUUGUAUAAAAAAAUUUAUAUAGAGUAUAUUUUAUGCGAAAAAAUGUGAAUUAAUGAGAAUAUUUAUUAUUUUAUGACG